AUGAAGUAUUAUUAUCCUGAGCAUCAUUUUGAGGAAAAGUUACCUAAGGAACUGUUUACAUCUUCUUCACCAGAAUCCAAACCUGGUCCUAGGCCAAAAAUGAAAUCGAUUGACCAACUAUUUAUGUUUUUAACAUGGCUUAGGCUUGGUUUUUCUUUAAGUUUUACUUCCUGGUUAUUCAAGACACCAAAGUCUACUGUGUCAAGAUAUCUUAUUACAUGGUCAAAUUUUAUGUAUCUUAAACUUGGCGCAAUACCAAUUUGGCCUAAUUUAGAUCAACUAAAACUUAACAUGCCAAAAUGCUUCAAAGAGACUUAUCCUAAAACAAAAGUUAUUAUUGACUGUACUGAGUUGCUUUGUCAAAGACCUUCUAGCCUUACAGUUCAGAGUAGUUUGUUUUCUCACUAUAAGCAUCAUGUUACCUUUAAAGGAUUAGUUGGAAUUGCUCCUUCAGGUGCAAUAACAUUUGUUAGUGAACUAUUUGUUGGCUCUAUUUCUGAUAUUGAACUAGUUAAGCAAUCAGGACUUUUACAAAGAGAGCUAUGGGAUAGUGAAGAUAGUGUAAUGGCUGAUAGAGGUUUUAUAAUAAGUGAUCUGCUUAAGCCUCUUGGUGUAACACUUAAUAUUCUAGCCUUUUUAAAUGGAAGAGAUCAAUUAUUACACGAAGAAGUUAUAGAAAGUCAAACAAUAGCAGCUUUACGAAUUCAUGUAGAACGUGCUAUACAAAGAAUUAUGAAAAAUAAGCAAAUCCGAAAUGAAAUACCCCUAGUUUUAAAUGGAUCUAUAAAUCAAAUUUGGACUGUAAGCUGCUUGUUGUCUAAUUUUAUGGAUCCUCUAAUAAAACAGUAA